CUAUUACAUUUGCUCAUUUCUCAAACGAAAUAAAAUUCAUGAAAAAUUUAAAAGAAAAUAAAUUGUUUAUAUAUUACGUGCAAAAACCAAAUUAAAGUGAAUAGCCGAAAGCUCCUAAGUGUAUAGAAUUAUAGUUGUAAAAGCUUCCGAAAAACUUGCAAAAAAAGCUCUACUUGUUUGACAUUUCAUGUUGACGUUUCAUUCUGUCAAAGAAAAAAAUAAAAUAAAGAAACACGAAUUAUCCAGCAGAGAAGUGAAAAAUCAUACAAGCAGAAAAUCAAGAGAAAAAACACUAAAUUCGCAUAAAAUUCGUUUACAACAAUUCUAUUUAUGAAACAAAAUAAAAUUGAUUUGUUGCUGAAGUGUCCUUUGCUGCUAGUGCGAUUUGGAAUUUGGUGGCGUUUUAUUGAUUUCUGCGAACGCUGACGAAACAACAAACACGGACGUGGUGUCAUCAGCUACGGCGGCAGUAGUGGUAAAGUGGCUGUAGUUGGCUGGCGCACAGAGUAAAAAGUGGACAAUACAAAAUAGUGGCAAAGUCACGAGCGAUGUAAAAGGUGGCGAGAACAAUAACACGCAUUGAGCUCUAAAGUGAACGACCUACAAACGGGCGAGGCAGGGGUGGCAUUGUAUACAACACGUACUAAUAUAACAGGCAACAAAGGAAUUAGUUUGAUUUUAUCAGCUAAGCGAUCGGUGGCAAUAUUUUGGAGACACUUACACGUCGUCGUGUAUAAGUCUGUUACAUUUUAUUGCAUCGCAAAUAAAGAGGAGAACAAUAUUUUUAAGUAAGUUGUUGUAGUAUUCCACAUAAUUGAGCAGCUGUUGGCGUGCUAAAAUCAAAUUUGAAAUAAAAUUUUUGCCUAAACACUUGCACCAAAACGUAAAGAUGUCGAACAUGUUCAGCAUAACCAAUAUUAAAAAUCGGUUCAUAUCUGUCAUCGCACCAGAUAUACCACCGCUGCCAUCAGCGCACAACCAUCAACUACAUCGCGGCAAUAUUAGCGGAGCUGCAUCAAACUAUCAGCUCCGUAUGGCACAUCAACAGAAAAAGCCAGACAAAUUUGCAUACGCACGUCCACGAUUUUUGCAACUUUUGACAAUCGACGAGCUGCGUGCCUCUGCCGACCACAAUGUACGUCCCAUCAUCGUACCACGCGAUACAAACUUACUGCCAUGGGGCACUGGAUAUGCCGAAUGUGUCAAUUCUGGCAAGUCGGAGUGGAACGAAGAUCAGGCCGCCUUCGCCAGGCAAGUUUUAUCGGACCCAACACAUACCCACCCAGAUUUACCCUACACAUACUUUGGUAUUUUUGAUGGUCAUGCUGGUUAUGGUGCCGCCUUGGCUGCCUCACAUCAAUUCCAUCAUAUUCUACAUGAAAAAUUGGUAGAUUGUUUAGAACUGCUGCUGUCUCGUGAGUCGGAUAACUCAAACCAGGAGAGUGUCUUUCCACAUCCCAGUCAAUUUCACCGACGCGUUUCGAAGGAUGAGCUCAUCAUUGGCGCUUUGGAGAGCGCCUUCUUCAACAUGGACUCGUUACUUGCGCAGGAUCGAGACCGUUAUCGCGAUGCUGGUGGCUGUACUGCCUGCGUCGCACUCUUCAUUAACGGCAAGCUGUUUGUGGCGAAUGCAGGUGACAGCCGUGCAGUGCUGAGCCAACGCAAAAUCUCUAUUGCUUGUGUUGAAAAGAAGACCACAAGUACAGCUAUUGUGCCUGCAACUAGUUCAGAGGCUGGAGCCGACAUACAGGAAGUAUUCGCUGUGCCGUUUUCAUUUGAUCACACGCCAGAAACCGAGCGUCAUAGACUGUUGACAGUGGCGCGCUUAAAGCCACAUCUAAUGGAAAAACAAUACGCUGCCAUGGAGUAUGCCAAACGGCCACACAUGAAAGAUUUAGGCCAACGUAUUCUCUGUCGUCAGGGCACCAUGAAAGGUUGGACCUACAAGACUUUGACACGCGAAGACUUGCGCAUGCCUGUGGUGACUGGCGAGGGCAAGCGGAGUCGACUCUUGGGCACACUGGGCGUCACACGCGGCUUUGGCGAUCAUGAUCUAUUGGCCAUCAACACAGGCACACAAAUCAAACCGUAUCUCACGCCGCAGCCAGAAGUGGUUAUACGGGAUCUUUCCAAAAUCGUUAGCAUUCCAGAUGAAAAUAACGAGGAUGGCGACUAUGGCAUACUGGUAAUGGCCACUGACGGCCUUUGGGACGUUUCCGAGAAUGACGCUGUGGCACGCACCGUUUUUCAAACACUCGCCAAAUAUCCCACAGAGAAACACCGCUACACAAUGGUGGCGCAGGAGUUAGUGGCGCGAGCACGUGGAAAAAUAAACGAUUCAGGUCACUGGCGCUUGGCCGACAGCAAGGCAGCCGCAACAGUCGAUGAUAUCUCAGUGAUUGUGAUUCCCGUCUAUCAGUAUUACAAAGAACAUGUUGAAUGGGAGAAGAAAUAUGCGGAGCUACAGCAAAAACGGCAAUCUGUAAUAUGUCCAAGUGCCACCGAAGCGUGUGAAGACGAGAUAUUUCUAGUAAACGGUGUCGAAAAAGCACAUGUCGAAGAAGAACAUGAAGAUGAUGAGGAGGAAGAAGUGGUUGUGGAAGUUAAUAGACAGCAGGCACAAGCUACCAUUGACCUGGAGGAGGAGCGGCAUUCAAAUAUUGAGUCUAUUAAAGAAGUGGUGGAAUUGGUAGAUAAUGAGCUGACUGAAGCUAUAUCUGCAUUAUAUGCUGCUGACAGUACAGAAGAUGAUAAGAAUUCGGAAAAAGGCGUCGUCUAAGUGCAAGUGGCGCUUGCCGAUGCGCUGAAGAGGCUCAAAUAAUUCCUUGCUAGUGGAGAUAAUUUUUUAUUAUCUAACUAUGAAAACAAUGCAGAUAGAUAAUCUACGCAUAGCGAUGACUUUGUGAACACCACAUUCAAUUACUUCCCAUCUUCUCUCUCUCUCUCUCCCUCUCUCUCUCUUUCCUAUUACAGACUCCACUGUCGACACGCCGGAGAAGACGAAUAAAUCAACGCAGCAGCAACAACAACAUCAUCGUAAUCGUAAUCGCAAAGAUAAACGUUGAGGAUAACAAAGAAAUAAAUCAUA